AUGGCGGACGCAUUAACGAUCAAAGUCGUCAGUAGCACGGCCGAGAGUCUACAGGUUCACGUAAACCUAUCCGCGACCUCAGUGCUGACCCUGAAGCAGCUUAUCGAGCAGCAGGACGCGCGCCGGUUUCCAGUCGCGGCCCAACGUCUGAUCUUCCAAGGCCAGAUCCUGCAGGACGCCAAGCUACUGACCGCGUACCACGUCACGGCUGGCUGUGCUCUCCACUUGACACUAACGCCCAAUGGCGCAGCGACUGCGACUACGGCGGUGGCGUCCGCGCCACAGUCUCAAUUGAAUACGUUUUUGCAGCAAAUGAGAGACGGCGAGUCUCGCGAUGCGUACGCGACGGCCGUGCAGACGCUGCUGAAGAUCUGCGCCAAUAUUGUGGACCACCCGACAGAGGACAAGUACAGGAAGCUGCGGGUGGACAAUGCAGCGCUCAAGGAAAAGCUCUUUGAUCGGACGCGGGGACGGGACGCUGUCAACUUGCUGGGCUUUCAGGACGGAGUGCUGGCGGGACAUGUGGUGCUCGUGCCGACGCCAGAGAAGUGGGAGAACUUGAUAGCGUGCAAGAACGUCUUGCAUUCCGCGGCUACGGCGCUGGCUGGAACCGCCGCACCAGGCUUUGCUCCGGUUGUUCAUGCAACGCCGGCAACAAGUGCUGGCGGAAACUUUGCGUCGCAAGCACAGGCGUUGUUGCAGAACCCUGCGAUGUUGCAGUCCAUGGCGAGCAACCCGAUGGUGCAGCAAUUGAGUCAGCACAACCCCAUGCUGGCCCAGGCCUUGCAAAAUCCGGCGUUGCUGGCACAGUCGAUGCAGGCUUUGCAGCAAAACCCGGGAAUGAUGCAACAGAUCAGCCAGAUGAUGGGUGAUCCGAAUGCAAUGGCGCGCAUGCAGCAGAUGAUGGCCGGAGGCGGCAUGGACGGCCUCGGCGGCCUCGGCAGCUUUGCAUCCACUGGCUCAGCGUCGUCGGCUCCUGCGGCCAAUCCGUUUGCUGCUCACCCGAGCAACGCGAACCCGAUCGCAAGCCCCAGUCCAGCAACGCCAUCAGAAGCUUCGACGCCGUCUCCGACAGCAGUCGCCGCUCCGUCGCCGACGCCUCCGGCCCCUACAGCCGACGACACGUACGAUGAGGAUGCGAUCGCCGAUGCCAUUGCGCGCUCGUUGCAAGAUCAGUGA